CGUGGCCUCGAGAGAGAGGUGGGCGGGGCUUCUCCCCACCCCGGCGCCGGAAGCUUCGGCAUCUCCCCGGGGGAGUUGGGCUUGAAGGGCCGCUGAGCAAGAGGGGGGCAGCGGCUCCCUUCUCUUUCCCUCCCUCUCUUCCCUUCCCUCUCUCGCCCUCUCACCGUCGCCCUCCGAAGCCGUUUCCGCCAUGGCCGACUCUGGGCUCCUGGCUGCCGGGCGGCCGCUCACCGACGACGAAAUGGCGGAGGUGAAGAAGGAAGUUUUGGAACGAUUGCGCCGCUAUCUGUGUGACAAAAUUAUUGCAGAAAGACACUUUGAUUAUCUACGUUCAAAAAAAAUACUCAGCAGAGAGGACACUGAAGAAAUCUCUUGUCGAUCUUCAAGUAGGAAGAAAGCUGGGAAGCUGCUGGAUUACUUAGCAGAACAUCCCAAAGGACUGGAUGCACUAAUAGAAUCUAUUAGAUGGGAAAAAACACAGACCUUCCUGUUAGAAAAGAUAACCGAUGCUGUCUUGAAGGCAAAAAAUGAAAAACUGGAAAGCCUCAAAGGCUUGAACUGUAGCAACUGCAUGGCUUCAGGGUAUGACCAAUCGAACAAUCUCUCCAGAUCACAGUCAAAUGAAUCUAAUCUCUUUGAGAAACAAAAAGACAGAGAAACCACCUACCUUCAUCCGGAAGAGUUUAGUACAUCUGCUUUUGUAUCCGCCGCUUCUCUUCAUUCAAUGAAUUUGCCGAUUACUGAGGUUGGAAGUACGGAAAACUCUGUUUUCUCAGCCACGCUUCCCGGCCCUGGAGAUUCUGGAGCCCCACCUCUUCCGCCGCAAUUGCAAAAUGAACAAGAGGAAACAUGUACGACUUCGAGUGACAGUCCUUUCCUGCCUUUAAGAUCCCGCUCUCUUCUUCCGUAGCGAUAUUUUUCCUUGAGUACUAUCAUGCUGGAUACCUUGAACAGUUUUGGGUGGUGGGGAAAAAAGUGUCUAACUGUAAAGUCACAAUAGAUCAAGAAAUAGCUUGACAGCUCCCUGCAUCUUAUAAGUUUUUUUUAUAAAAAAAAAUCUGAACAGUUUCCCCAUUAAUUCAUAUUUUAAAUGUUCGUUUGUAUGCUUUUAUUGAUUUUUUUUGCAGUGUAAAAGCUUUUAAAUGGUAUUUUCUAUUCAAAAACAAUAUAGGCAAAAUGAUGCUCAAUUGAACAUUUUAAGGAGGUUUUUCCUACUGUUUUCUAUAUGCACUGUCUGCAUAAAAUUCACACCGAGAAAGCAUAAUUUGAUCCUCUUCUGCAUCGUAAGAACAAUUUAAUCUGGUGGUUUUUUGGGCUUGCUGAUUCCUGAGAACUUCCUAGUUUUCUCUCAACUUACAUCAAUUCGUGCUGAUGAAGUGUCAUGAGGAGGGAAGUUUGCACCGAGGAAAGUUUUGAUAUGAACAUAGUAGUCAUGAAUGAGGGUGGUGAGUCUUACAUCUCACUGGUGUUGGCAUUACAUUGGUAAGUUCUGCUUGGUUACUAUUGACAGGAAGUAAAGAAGCCUCGGAACAUAGGGAGACGUAUUCUUUGGUUUGCAACCCAAGUAUAUGAUUGUUUUGUAAUGUAUCAUGGGGUGCCUGCCUUGUCCAGUUUUUGUGUGACAUGAACAAAUUCCAGGCUGUAGGGUUAAGUGCCUUCUUUUGGAAUAAGACAUGAUCUUCUGAGUAAUACUCUAUUGCCGCUGAUCUUCAAAAGCAAUUAAGUGUGCACUUCGCAAAUCAAAUUCAUUUUUAUUCACUAUCAAAACAUUUAACUUUCUAGGCAUUUUACUUCGUUUUAGUACAUAUGCCUUGGGCUCCUUUACAAUACUGAAUAUAUAUCUAAAAUUAACAGCUUAAUUACUCUCUCAAAGUGAAACAGGUUGUUACGAAUAUGAAUUCCCUGCAAGCCACUAAAGGGAUUUAUUUAUUGUUGCUAACUAAGAGGGAAAAGAUCAGCAAAAGAAAGAUGGCAGUAAAGAGGGGCCUUACGUUCCUGUAAACUUCCAGGAUUUGCCAUUUUAAAAACUUUUUUCUAAACCUCUUUUCUACUCUUAAUACUAUUUUUUCUAAACCUCUUUUCUGUUCUAAUACUAUUGUUGCUUAGCUUUACUAAAGAUGUGUACUUCUCAACAUUUGCGAAUGUACAAGUAAACGAACAUGAUAUUCUUUUAAAUUCCAGAUGUAUACACUUUAAAAAGUAUUUGCGCUCUGGGCAUUAUCAGGGAUGUAGUGUGUUUUUUGCUGUCUUCUAUAGUAACUAUGUCUACUGUAAACCUCAGGGAAGCAGUGCCUUUUUUAUAUCCAGCCAAAAAAAAGUUGUCUCAGAAAUACUAACGUAUUGUGAAAUGUGCCUGCAUUUUUCUUUCACAAGCCCCUGGAUUAAAACGUGCAAUAAAUUACACUAAUUUACAGCCUGUUCCUAUGCAUGUUCACUCAGAAGUAAGUCCCACCGUAUUAGGAUUACAGGCAAAUAUUUUAAGAACAUUUGAUCUGAUGGUAAUAGGUCAGUUACACUGGUCACUGUCUGCAGAACACAGUAGAUCUUAAACACAAACUGAUCUGGUGGUGGUUCUGUCGCAGUGUAUUAAGUACUUGCUUGCCAUGUAGCUUGCCUGAACUCAAACUUCCAUGCUGGUGAUUUACAGGGCAUUAAGUUCCUUUAUCUGAUUACCUACUCUAGAUGUUGCUGUGUUAAACAAAACCUUGUAUUCACACAACCGUGAACUUAACAUUUAAUAUUGUGUGAUGUUUUCCCCUGAAAAGCUUUAUGGCUUUCUAGAUUUUGAAAUUGCACUAGGGUUUAUUCCUCUCCCAAGCAUGUGAUCCCAUAUAAUCCAUAUAAUUACUUGUGUGGAAAUUGCCACUAUUUCUGUGACUAUUUCUGACCAUAAUGUGUUCUACUGUGUAAAUUGCGGACUGUUCACAACUGCUGUAUUACCCCCACCCAAAAAGGUACAACCAUUAUAAAACAAUACUGAACUGAAAAAUUGUUUGGAAACUCUAAACUCAACUUUUCAAAAAUAUUUCUCUUGUAGAGUUUAACUUUUGAAACAAGCAAUCUGAGAAGCAUUAAUUUCUAAUAAAUUGUCAUUAGGUGGUGUGUUUUUUUAAAGUACACCUCACAUGUGCUAAGUUUGCUUUCUAUUCAGUGGCAGCUGUGUUCUUAAUGGCUUUGCUGAGCAGCAUUGUUCAAGGGUUGUUGACACCUGACAAUAAAAUACAUUUAGAGCAGGUUAUAUCUUUGUGGUAUUUCAGAAUUGGAGGAUCAUUGUAGCCUUCAACAGGUUCCUUUACAGCACUAGGCUCUGAUACAUUAGCCAUGAUAAUGAAAAGGAACAUCCAUGUUCAGAACCCAUGUAUUCUGCAUAUUAGAGGCUUGUGUGUGUACUGCAAUGGGCUUGUUUUCAUGCUUGGCUUGUAGACUUCUGGGAAGAAUCGGGCUGCCUGCUGUUGGAAAAAGUGCUGGAAGAGAGACCCUGGUCUCACACAAUUCUUAAUGUUUUGGUGCCCUCAGCAGAAUAUUUUUCUUCUAAUAUGAUAAUUUGUUUCUGCUUAAUUCUACCCAUAACUAUUGGCCUAAGGCAUUACUCUUAGGAGUGGGCUGAGAUUGGUUUGGUCACAGUUCUUUCUAACAUUGUAACUUUUCAUGAAUACUAUAGAAACCACAGUUGAUGCUAGCCAAAUGACAUAACAAAUGCAUUCUAGCAGAUUGUUAUGGUAAUGCAAGGGUGUAAAAUAACAAAAGCUUUAUAUCCAAGUAAGGCUAUAUGGCUACAUAAGGCAUGAACUCUAAGGUUAUUUAAUAUGUUUGUAAAUAUAUUUUGCACCAGAAUACUUGUUGGGAUAGGUCAUCAAUGAAUUUGGCAGUGAGUGUUAAAAUAUUUUCUUCCUUCCCUGUAAUGGCUUUUGUUGUCCUUGCAGUCAAUUAUGUAAGAAUGAAUUUUAAAAUGAAAUAAUGUUUUGACCAUA